AUGAAGCUUCAAAGCACCUCUGCCACCGCAGCUCUGCUGUUUGGUCAAGUUUUCGGCUCUCCGCUACGUCCAGCCUUGCUCCGUCGGGAGGUCCCCCAGGAACACUCUCAUGAUCUCUUCCUCUCCAUUACGAAUGAAGCUCUAGCCAAGGACAACCCCAAGGGCAUCAAAGACGCCGUUUUUGGACUUCUCGGCAAUGCAGCUGCCGCCGGCGGCGCUGGAAGCGUGACCAACUUUGACUGCCUCAAGCAGGAGACGGCCGAUCAGGCUUUUACCAAUGGUAAAGCUGCCGGUGAUAUUCGACUCAUGGCCGGAGCAUUAGUGUACCAGGCCUUGGAGAGAAACACCGGCAAGGUCGGACUCGCAAGUGUUGCUUGCACAGAACAGGCUGUGAACCCGGAAAUACAAGCCGUUAAGCCUCACCAAGAUCCAGCGUCUGCUAAUGCUGCCUCUAUUAACAAGGGCAUUACUCUUGAGUUGGCGAGGCAGCUGAAGGGUAUUGGGGCAGAUCCAAACCUCGCCCUGCUGAGUGGUACCUUUGCUCCAGGUGAUCUUAGUGAUGCCACCGCCAAGGGUAAUUCCUGCGACGAUCCUGACCCCAAGCUUGGAUGUAUCUUCACGACCGGCAAACUUGUACUCGACGCAAGUCAGGACGAAGUCACCUCCGCUGCAUCCGCAGUGGCCCAGACAUUUACUGGCACCGGCGGCAUUCAGGCCACAGACUUGGUCGACUUGAAUACAUUCUCCACUGCCAAUGUCCAAGGAGGAGGUGCUGCUCCAACGGGGAAUAGCAACGUUGUGACAACUGCUCAACCAGCUUCUCAAGCAACCCCAACCCCCGUUAAAGCCUGCAAGAAGAAACCGGCUGCUUCUCAGUCUCCAGCCUCUAACGGCAAUCAAGCCUCCACAGCAAGCGGAAACAAUGUUCAAACAUUUACCGGAACUCUUGGUGGUCCUCCUCCUCCCGUCAUCUCUGGCACGGGAAACCGACCUUUUUCCGUUAACGGAGAUACCUUUGUCAAUGCCGGAGCUGCUCUUCAAAGAUCCUGUGACGUUCAACACAAUGCAUGUGCCAAUGCUGCCAACUCUGGCAAGCUUUCUGGGGGUGUAGGUCAAUGCGAUCAGCAGAAUAAUGAGUGCAGAGCUGCCGCGUCUGGUGCUUCCAACAAUGCCGGAAACAACAAUGCGAACAACGGAAACGCCGCUAGCAAUAACGGUAACAACGGCGCCGGAAAUAAUACUGGCAGUGAUAACACUGGCAAUGGAAGCACUGGGAACGGAAACGCAGGAGGCAAUACUGGCAACUUUGGCUCAUGUUCCAACCCCAGCAUCAAGUUUGCCAACGGGCUUGAUGGUCGCAAAGAAGCGGCGUUUGCGCCGGUCGACCAAACAGACUUUAACCAUGGGUCGGCAUUGAACAUCAAGAUCAUCGCUGACUUUAUCUGCGACCGACUUAAUGAUCAGUGUAAGGCUGGUGCUGCUGUGGUUGCCAAGUGUCAAGGUGCGUCUGCGGCCGCGUCUCAGCAGAAGGGUCAAGCUGCAGCGGAUGCUUUCAAUCAAGCUCUUGGCGUUUCUUCGAAUUAG